AGGCGGCGGAGUGACUCGCGCCCGCCAGGCGGACAGGCCGCCCCGGCCCCGCCCUUUAAAGGGGAGGUUGCCCCGGGCCUGGGGGCGGGGCGCGGCGGGGGUCCCUGUGCCCGGACCCGACCCGAGCCCGCGUCCCGGAGCGCAUGGAGGGGGGCUCUGCGCUGCUGCCAUGGCUUGCAGGCUGCAGAAGCUGUUUGCUGUGGAAGGGGAGCUCGAAGACGAGGAUUUCCUGUCGGCCGUGGAGGAUGCGGAGAACCAGUUCUUAGAUUUGGUCCCUGUGAACUCAAGAUGCUUGAGGCCCUUUUCUUCUGGGCCCAGAGACCCAGGCACCCCCCUGGCACCUGCUCACGAGUCCUCACUUCCUACUCUUCCCAGUACCAGCAUGCUGUCCCCAGUCUUUGGGCCGCAGAACCUUCCCAAAUUGAGAGUUGGGGCUGAUUGCCCCUCCAGCAAAACACCUGGCCUGAGGCCUCGGACGGUGGUGAACGAUCAGACUGUGGAGCCUCCAGCAGUGGGCUUCAAGGCUCUAAAGAACCAGGUGGCCCCCACGUUGGCAGCACCGACCCUGCGCACUUCAAACCGCACGAGGGACUGCACACCAAGCUUGGUAGCAGGAUUUAAGUUUGUGAGCCGACGGCCUUCCCCCCUUCAGGAAGCUCCCCGUGAUGAUGAAUUUGAAAAUGACCUGUUCUUGGCAGCCUGCGUGCAGCCAGGUCCUGGGCCUGCCGUGGCUGAGAAGGGGAUGCCCCCUCAGGUGUGCAGGAGGGAUGAGAGCAGCCAUGGAGGGACAGCCUUCAAAAAACUUCGGGUGGGAGAUCCAGUGGUCACUCCUAGCCCUGGUUGCUCAGUCUCUCUGCCACACAAGGGGACUCGGGCCAUCUCGAGGGGGGCAGACAGGAUGCAGAAUCUGUCCCCAUUCCAGCAGGCGGACCCUGCCCUGAAGCUGAAGCUGAGGCCGAGCGCGGCAGGUUCUUGCUUCUCUCGGUCUAGCCUAGUAGCUCCGGCUAGCUCCCUGGUGAAUGCAGUCCCACAAGGCAGCACGGCUGCAGGCGUGUCUUGUGGCACCAUCUCCGCUCCCAGGUGCCACACUUCGAGGCCUUUUCAGGCAUCUGGGGGUCAGCCUGGAACUGCAGCAAGCAGCCCUUCUGUGGCUCCAGUAAAGGCUUCAAGCCUCCACUCCCCAGGGAGUGGCAAUCCAAGACCACCAGCACCACAGAUGCCCAGUCAGGGCUGUUCCGCACCCAGAGGACCCGGCAGCAGUUGGCGGCCACCUCUUAGGCUCCCCACAGGACCACGGUCCUUGAUGACUUGUGUGGAGUCACCGACUUCCACCCCAAGAGCUCCCUUCUCCGGCUCUGCUGCUGCUGGGAGCCUGCAGACUCCGGUGGUCACCAAUCACCUGGUACAGCUGGUCACAGCAGCCAACAAGACUCCCAGGGCUUCUGGCUGGACCCCUUCACGGAUGAAAUCUCGCCGCUUCCCAGGACCUGCAGGGAUUCUGCCUCAUCAGCAUGGUGGGAAAAAUCUGGAGGAGAUCCUGAUUUCCACUCCUCAGACUCCAGCCCAUGGAGCACUGGCGAAGCUACAGACAGCGGAAGUGCUGAGUUCCCAGCAGCCAAUCGAGGAGGACUUUGGAAAAGGCCCCUGGAUUGCCAUGAAAACCGAGCUGCGGCUGGAUGAGAGAGACCCCUCCUGUUUCCUCAGGACAUACAGCGUGGCCAUGGUGCUGAGGAAGGCCGCGCUGAAGCAGCUCCCGAAGAACAAGGUCCCCAGCAUGGCGGUGAUGAUCAAGUCACUGACACGCACCAGUGUUGACGCCGGCGCCGUGUUCAAGGAUCCUACUGGAGAGAUGCAGGGGACCGUGCACCGUCUGCUGCUGGAGGAGAGACAGAGUGACCUGAAGGCCGGUUCAGUGCUUCUCUUAAAGCAGGUGGGGGUGUUCUCCCCAUCCCACCGUAAUCACUACCUCAACGUGACCCCCAACAACCUGGUGAAGAUUUACCUGCCGGAGUCCGGGGGCGGGAGCCCCCUGCAGCCAUCGCAGGAGCAUGGGGAGAUGGGAGACAGGACAGUGCCAGUGUUCACAGAGGUCCAAAGCCCGGCUGAAUUCCAGCAGGACUCCCCAGAAAAUCUCUCCAGGGAGGCUUCCAACCCCAGGAGCACAGGGAGCUCUAGAAGGGAUGGAAACAGCAGCUGGUGUACAAAUCCAUCGCUUGGAGGGUUAUUGCCAUGCCUGGGGAGGCCUGGAGACUGCACAUCGGGAUCAAACAGACUUUCCCAAGAGGAGCCCCUGGGGGCUGAAGCCUGUGACAUGGACGACCUGGAUGGGCUCCUAGGACAGCUGCCAGAGGACUUCUUUUCUGCUUCUGCCAUGGAGAGCAGCCGGUGACCCCCUCUAGAGCUAGUAGGCAAAGAUCCCCCAGCCACCACGGAGCCGGAUGGUCACUCAGCCAGUGGCAGAACCCGGGCUAAAUCCUGGCAGAGCAAGGACUCUGAACAGCGAGGUGACUCGUGUGCCUUAAGUAUCCUAUAUACGUUUAUGAAUGGUAAGUUUGUUGUGUAUCUGGGAGCUGUGACGACAGGACCGUGCUGACGGAUAGUCUGGGACUCCCGUACCGAACAGGGGAGAUGCUGGCAGCCCUGACGUGAAAUGAUUCCUGCCUUGAUACCUCUGGGCUCUUUCACCAGCACCCUGGCACUCUUUGCUUGGUGCCCUUGACUGAUCACGACCCGCAAGUGAAGCAGCUUUCCCUGCUUGUAUCUGAUUCCUGCAUUAAAUGGGUGUUCGGUA